AUGCAGGCGGGCCGAGCGGGACAGCGUGGGGGCCUUGGCAGCCACCGAAGGGUGAGGAUGUGGCCGGGGCUGCCAGCGCUGGUGCUGGUCCUGGCCGUGGGCUCCCAACUGCAGGAGGACACCCCCAGGGAGUCCCACAACAUCAACUGGAACAAGUUUUCAGGGUUCUGGUACAUUCUGGCCGUUGCCACUGAUGCCCAGGGAUUCACGGCAGGCAGAGACAACACCAAGCUGGGGGCCCUCGUGCUGAAGCUGGACCGACCUGGCCGGCUGAAGAUGAGCCUCACGUUCGGCAGAUUGCAGGGCUGCCGGUCCUGGGCGGUGACGCUGAAGAAAGACCGGAAGAAGGCCGUGUUCCGAAACACCUUGAGAGGGGUGAAGGGCCUCCACGUGCUGUUCACCGACUACGGCCAGAGCCUGGUCCAGCUGCGCCUGGGCCGCGGCGGCCGCACCGCCAAGAGCCUGAUGCUGCUCAGCAGGCAGGCCGUCUCCAGCUUCUGGACUCUGAAAGAAUUUCUGAACGUUUGUGAGGUCCUGGGGCUGUCCACGUCGGCCGCCUUGCUGCAGAAGGACCCCUCCUGUGCCGACACCGCCCUGCCCUGA